AGAAGGCAUUUGCCGACCUAACACAGCGGUGUUUUCCCUGAAUCGUUGCGUUGGUGCACUUCGUAGUCACCCCAGUGCUGUAUGUGAUGCUGCAUCGUUGCCACAACGCAUGUCUGGAGCUUGAAAGGACGUUUACGGGCCUCGCCGGAUCCCUGUGUGCUCUCGCACAAUGACAGCCAUGCUGCCUUGUUUGUGUCUGCUGCUUUCCCUCCUGUCAGCAUCGCAAUGUUUCAGGAGGCAGCCUCACAUUGUGUUCAUCCUAGCCGACGAUAUGGGUUGGGACGACGUCAGCUUUCACGGGUCUCCUCAGAUACCCACGCCAAACAUGGACGCCCUGGCAGCAGACGGCGUAAUACUUAACAACUUCCACGCACAACCGGCCUGCACUCCUUCUAGGGCAGCACUCAUGACUGGACUGUAUCCGAUACGAACAGGAAUGCAAGGGCCGGCGCUUGACGUGGCCGAUCCAUGGGGGUUGCCGUCGGACGUACGGAUACUGCCUCAAUACCUCAAAGACCUGGGAUACGACACUCAUCUCGUUGGAAAGUGGGCUCUUGGCUACUACAAGACAAGCUUAACUCCGACUUGCCGGGGUUUCGACAGCUUCUACGGCUAUUACAGCGGAGAAGAAGACUACUACACCCACAGCGUAACAUAUAAAAACCACACCGGUCAGGAUUUCUGGCUCAACAUGGAUCCUUUAUGGUCUGCAAACGGCUCCUAUUCUACGACGCUGUACACGCAAAGAGCAAAGCAUCUCAUCCAUAGCCGAAAUAAGUCAAAGCCGCUCUUUCUGCUGCUGAGUCAUCACUCCCCGCACGGAGCAGGAGAGCCUGAGCCAUUUCAGGCGCCGCAGGAAAAUGUUGACAAGUUUCCUUACAUUGGAGAAAGGAAUAGAACAAUUUACGCAGGCAUGGUGGACACACUGGACCAGUCCGUCGGCGAAGUGGUCAAGGCCCUGAGUGACGCUCGCAUGUUGCAAAACACCGUCAUCAUCUUCUGCAGUGACAACGGCGGACAACCCUGGGGUACGCACACAACCCGCAGCAUCAACUGGCCGCUACGCGGAUCCAAAGGCACGGUCUGGGAAGGAGGCACCAGAGUUCCCGCUUUUGUCUGGAGUCCUCUCUUGUUCCGCUCUCGAAGAGUGUCCCAUCAGCUUAUGCACAUUACGGACUGGCUACCUACGUUAUAUGCAAUUGGAGGAGGCGACGUACAGACGCUUGGCAAGCUCGACGGCUACGAUAUGUGGCUGCACCUGUGCUACGGACUGAGCUCUCCUCGAGUAGAGAUGCUUUAUAACAUCGACUACAGGUUCUUCAACGCCUCGGCAUUGCGACUCUGGCGCUACAAGUUAGUACUCGAUGGCACAGGGUUCAUGAGCGAGCGGUACCCGAGACCUGGCGGAAGCCGCCCCAGCCGCGACCUCGACAAAUUGCUCGACCAGUCAACGGCCGCCAAAGUUCUGCGUGGCUUUUACAAAACAGACCGGCUGAGACUUCCUAAGUAUUGGCGGGAAAGUGCAACGUUGAAAUGUCGUGUGUCACCAUGGGACCACUUCCAGCCCAAGGACUCCGUCCACCUUUUCGAUAUCGUCACGGAUCCGUGCGAACUGAACAAUGUGGCCAGCUCGCACCCUGAGAUCGUGGCAAUCAUGAAGAAGCGCAUUGACGCCUACGAAGCUAUGGCGAUGCCAGUGCAGUUUGAAGAGAAGGAUCCCGCAGGCUUUCCUGAGAACCACAAUGGAACUUGGGCACCAUGGGCAGGGACGACGUGCUAAUAUUUAUUCCUUUUUAUUCGAACUGGCUAUUCGACCGGACGCGUAGCCAGUUUUCGUGUGAUGGUGGGACAUUUCCAGAGAACACGACUGACAGGCAACAUGUCACGAAAAAGUGCCAGUGACGGCGCCUGUUAAGCGACGUAUGAUUUCGCGUUUGUACUAAGCUCUUAUUCGCAUUCGUAGAUAAAAGGCUACCGUCAAGCCUCUUUUGACGAUUCCUUUUAGCCAGCUUCUUGGACAGCGGGAGGCAUUCUGUAGCGAUGAAUGUUUUAAAGCGAUAUUAUUUAUAUAUAUUCUAACACGUGUGCGUCGGUACGUGCCAGAUAUUUAUAAGAACGAAGCAACGACAGUUGCAAAUAGGACAGGUAAUUUCAAAUCGCAACAAGAACUGCCUCGUUGAGCUGACUGUUUGGUGGAAAUGAUUGUUUCUCGGAGAAAUAUACUAGAGUAAGAGAAGAGAGAACUGCUGAAUCUACAUGAAUUACAACGUAUUUAUUUCAAGACCAUGGUGCGCUGUACAAAGAGAAUAAAUUUUAUUUUUCGAAGAUAUA